AAGUGUGGCGAACUUCAGUCUCGAGCCUCGCGUAGAUCGUAACGGACUCGGCCGCCGCGACGCGCCGUCCUUUCACGCUCGAUUAGGCUCCAUGGAGAACCGCGGGCCCGACAGCAGGUGCAGUGCAGUGUUCGAGUAAGAGCGUGGAGCAGGAAAAGCGGAGAACCACCAGCCUCGACGACGAGCGAGGGCCGCAGGAAAGGGCGCGAAAGGCGUGCGCGCGCGAACAUCCACGGGACAGAAGGUGCUCCAACAACACGGUAUAGCAACACUCACACACACAAGCGCUUAUUUAUCCAACGCGCCUCAUCCACGCGAGACAGCCGUCCGUGCUCCGUUCGCGAGAUCCUCGCGACUGAGACUAACGAAUCGACAAUCCCCCGAACGACGCUCCGACGAAAAUCGCCAUUAUCGUCGGACGCGCGAAAAGCGUUGCCGUUCGAAAAAGACGCAACGCUCGAAACGCGCGUGCGCGCGGAGCCGCGCGCAUCAGAUUCAGCUGAUUGACACCGUACGGUAUAGAAUCCUGCAGAAAUGACAGAUCCGUCGUCGCGAUGAAUUCUCUGCGGCAGGUGAAUUUAUUCGAAAUUAUGCGUUGAGCGCGUGCACGAUCGCUGAAUCUCGUCGCUCUUCAUCGGCAUUGCAGGCUCGUCCGAGCUCCCGAAAUUGUCAGGAAAGAGAAAGAGAGAGAGAAAGAGAGAGAAAGGGAGAGGGACAUAGCGGAAGGAUAGCUCCCAAAGUUUUGGGAUGUCGACGUACAGGAGAUGGACUUUGUGGCCGGUGAGGACGCGUUUUCGACACUUCGCAAAGACGCCGACGAUCUAUCGCAGCUGAGAUCGCCGAUGAUCGAACGGGCCGAUCGAUCGUGUUGAUCGUGGAACUUCCUUCGGGUGAAUUGUGCGCUCCGACAGCACUUCGACAUUUCAGCUCCACGAGUGAGUUCGCUUGGUUGGCGAACGAGUCUGCUGGCGACAGAGCCACACGGGGGGAAGAGUCUCUCGCUGCGUUUUCGGUGUCGUAACCGACUCCGCGAGUAACCUGGAAUUAUCCUCGAGACUUCGGCAAAGGAGCAGCAGCCAUGGACUGGAGGGUGGUAGCGUUGGCAUUUCUGGUGAUCACAAUAACGAGGCACAGCAGCAGCAGCACACACGCAGCCCAGAUACCUCAGCAGCCGUCGACGUCCACCGCGGCGGUAGCGAGCACCGUGCAGAUCGAGUGUGCGAGCGAGUCGAUAAUCGUCCGCAUCUCGACGGAGGGUAACACAGACUUCCACGGUCUGGUCUAUCCGCGCGGGCUCUCGAAGAACAGCUCCUGCCUGCAGGAGUACAGGAGUCAGCCCACGCCCAUAACCUACAAUCUGCCUCUCAGAUCCUGCAACACUAUGCCUACCGAGCUGGACGACGGCGGUAUCGAGUACUUCAACACUAUAGUGGUGCAGCCACACCUGAAGCUGGUCACGAACCAGGGCAGAGGUUUUCACGUGAGAUGCAGAUACCAGACGCGCGACAAAGUCGUAACGAACGACCAGACCCACGUGGCUAUGCUGCAAUCGUUGCCGUUGCAGGCGACCGCUCCGAUGCCGGGAUGCACGAUGAAGAUCUUUAGCGGCGAUCCGACGCAGCAUCACGUGGCGGAGAACGUAAAGAUCGGCGAUCCCCUGACCUUGGUCAUCAGCAUUGACAAGCAAGAAAUGUUCGGCUUGAGGAUAUCCGAUUGUCUGGUGCGCGACGGUCUCGGUUGGGGCGAGCAGCGGCUCAUAAACGACGAGGGCUGCCCGAUCGACGGCGAGAUCAUGGGACAGUUCACGUACAACGAGGACAAGACAGAGGCCAGGGUGAACUUCCAGGCGCACAAGUUCCCGUAUACGGCGAGCGUGUAUUACCAGUGCAACGUUAGACUGUGCGUCAAGCAUGGCGGAGGAUGCAUUAACACGCCGCCGUUGUGCAACUCGAUAGUCAGACGACGCAGGGACACUGCCGAUGACGACGAGGUGAAGGGUGUCGAAGGCUUGGACGGUACCCCGGCCACGAUCGAAGUCUACAGCGGUCUCUACGUGAACGAAGCUUCGGACGUUGGCUCCAAGUCGGACUUCACCGACGACGUAUUCAGAGAAAGGGCGAUCGACGACCCGAACACCAUUUGCAUAUCGCAGAGGAGCUUCGCCAUCGGGAUCGCCAUCGCCGGUCUGAUACUGAUGCUCGCGGUGGUGGCUGCUAUUCUGGUGCUGCUCGCCAAGAGGCGACACAAGAGCGUCUCCACGACAGGGUCGUCCAUUUACAGCGGACCCUACACGAACACCGCCUACAGCCACAGUAGUUAAGCCCGCUCCGGUGAGCGCUCGGCCGCUCGGCGCGAAGUCUACGCGAGAUCGAGAUAACGAACACGCGGCUCCUCGGAGCGACCUGUCCCCGCGAAAGUACGCGCCUCCGCUCCUCGAAUUUUUCGCUCCGCCGCGGUAUCUCGACGGUAUGUCGCGAGACUCGAUCGGUCGAUGAUGAUUAAUCAAGCCGGCACGCUCGCCGUUCGACCGCCGACUCGAGAUGCAACCUGGGCGUGGUUAACGAAAUGUGAAUCUCUUGCUCAACUGCCGAUGCUACUGCCUGUUGUAUCUCCUCCUCCUCUCCCUUCUUCUUCUUCUUCUUCAUAAAUUCGCUCUUCUAAGCAAUACGCGACGUGUCUUCUGCAGCAACGCCGGUACACGCUUCGAGGUAUCCGAAGAAGCCGGUUGUUCCCCCGAUACCGAGCUUUCCUGCCUCUUCUUCUUCUUCUCCUCACACGCGGGUAUUUCUUCGUACGAGAACGUUCGACUCGUGAAACUGUCACGACAGUCUCGAUAACGAAUUCCGAGGCAAGUUUUCACGAACAUUUAUAGUUCGCUUCUUUGGUGCAAUAUUUAUCGUAUAAAAUAUAAGUGAUUUGAUACGAAAUGAGCGCGCGGAGAUACGAAAAUUUCCGAGAGAUCAUUCUCGCGGGGAGAAAUUCUAUUCUUGUAGAAAUCGGUGCUUGAACGCAUUAUUGAGACCUGUCUGGAACAGGGUUGCGAAUCUUUCGUUUCCUUCUUUGUCUCUCCCUCUGUUCUUCUCUUCUCUCCGUUAAAAUAAUCCGCUAGGCCUCCGCUCGAACCGUCCCGCUGGCGAACGAGAAGUCGUGCUCGGGGUAACGAUCGCUCUCGAAUCGGCGCUUCGUUCACAGCGCCCGCGUCGCGUAGCAACCUUAGCGAAACCCUUACCGUUACUUCCGAUCGCGCGCACGUCUAACGCGAAUCGACACGACUCCGUCGCGAGUUGCGUCACAUUCUAAUAUAUAUACCUACCUACGUAAUAUUACUAUACUGUACACUAGUCCGGUAUACGCUGUCCUACCUAACAUAUACGCACACACACGUACACAUACACACGCAUAUACACACACAUACACACAGCACGCGACAGUACCGUCAAGCCGCGGUCAUCUCGAUGAUUCAAUUCCAACAUUACCCCGCGUGAACUCACUCUAGCGAUUUAAGUUGAAGUCGACAACUGCCGACUCGAUCAAAUACUCCAGUGAUACAUCGCGACGUAUCACCCUUCCCCCCGCCCCCCCCGUCCUACCGCCAGCGCGGCAUCUCCGCGCGCAACUGUUCACGUUUCCGUCUUGUAUUUUCGUGUCUUGGCCUCGAAGGCACCCUCCGAUUCGCAUUCCUCUCCGACGCUUCGAGUUCACCGUUGCGCGCAACUUAACAUGCGCGCGGCGGCAUUUUCGUUUGUAUUUCCGAUCACGUUGCAGCCGGUGUGUGCGGUUAAUUCGGCUCUUUGGAUGAUGCGGACGACGGAAUUCGCUCCGACGCGGUGAAAAACGCGGCAAUGCCUUUCCGUCCUCUACCAUUGGUUCGCUUUUUCGAGACGCGUCGAGCGGCAUUAAGUGGAAAUAGUAGUUGAAUAAAUACAAUACAAUAGUAAAUCGCGGAGUAUUUAUACUCCGUAAUUAUAUUUUGCGUAACACUCGCUGUGUCAGCAACGACGCUUGCCAACCCAGACGACAUAAUGUUGAAAAUCCGGACGUAAGACGUCUCAGUUCAACGCAACGAGUCCAAAAUCGAGUCACGAGACAUUUCAAAGACGAGAAUCCACUUUUCCAUACGUGAUCGGAAAUGCAUCCAUGAUAUAAAACAGAAAGACGACGAAUAUUGAUAAAAAAAAAAAGAACUCAACCAAGAUUCAACAGAAUGCGUUGUCGGUCACCGGUGAGCUUCCACUGGUGAAACCGUGUGUGUGUGUGUAUGUGUGUGUAUGUACGUAUGUGUAUGAAUGGGCCAUUGCCGUCGUAGAGAUGCUCAUCACACACUCAAUCUUACAUCACAGCGAGUCGUUGGCGAAUGAAAGGCGAAAAUUCCGAAGCCCCCCUCCCCCCUCUCGUUACGAAUCACUCCGACUACUAAAUGUCUACGACGUCGCGAUGCUCGUGUGAAUGUGAAGCAAGCGGGCGCGCCGCUCGGUCCGGAGCGUAGAAUCAGAUCUGUAAUCCGUCGCGACGCUUGAACGUGUUAAUGUUAAUUAGCCUAAUUGAAACGAGGUGCUGCUCUCCGAUGUCGGUGUGCCGGACUCCUCCGCGGGAACAGCCGGGCGAGACGUCUCCCGAGCGGUUCAGUUCAAAGGAUUCCCCGAGUCUUCGAGACUUCGUCGGACGCGUGAAUCGCCGUAAAGAGGAGGAGGAGGACACCGACGAUAUCGUACCGACAGCGAUAUCGGUCGCGGAGCGUUUAGAUUAUAACUGACAAAGACGAGGAACUUACUGCCAACUGCGCGCAGUCGCGUAACGUGGGUCCAACGUGGUGGUGGGUACAUGAUCAUAAAAUUUACAUUUACGAAGAGGAAUCAACACACGCGCGUAACGUAACUUGGUAACUCAUUAAAGCGCUGAUACGCCGGGCCGCCGCUGUCCGGCGGAGAGUGUAGCGUUUCCGGGAACGAUAAUGAAUGUGUGCGACAGCGGCUCCGGAUGGACCCGACACGGUGCGUCGAAUGAGAGACGCGACGCCGACGCUACGUGAGCGCCGUCAUGCUUUCGCGGUGCAAUAAUAUUUUACCGGUCAUUCCGGAGGCUGUGAUGGUCACGUGGUCUGAGAGAAAAAUCCGCUAAAAAUUAGUGAUUAUAAAUGUUUUCCUUGAUUUUUGAAUAUAUAUCUCUUUAUUUUCAUAUUUUUGAAUAUAUAUAUUUAUAUUUCUAAAUUUAUAUAUCGUCUGUGUUGAAAAGCUAGACAGAUCACGCAUGUACGUGUCCCUCUCUUCUACCGAAUUAUUUUUUAACGACUUUUGCUUUUUCAAUGACAUUCUUUUGCCAAACACACACACAUAUCUUAGGGUGUCUCAUGCCAUGUGUAUUGUUGCAGCCUCGGGACGAUGUGAAUCUACGUGAAUCUACGUUUGAGCGUACUCAUUUACGUUUACUCAGGGGCGAGGUGUUAUUUCCUCUUGCAUUACUCCGUGGUACGAUAAUGUAAACUGACGACGUCCACUUCCCGCUUUAGCGCUAUCCCAUGAAAAGUGCAAUAACUUCGAACGCUCCGGAGGUCCCCGGAAUUUCUGUCGAGGGUUUUGGAAUCGCUCGGCGAACGCGUCGCGCGUUUAUUCUCUUGCCGCGCCAUGGCAUUGGUUCAUAGCGAUCAUUGGGGACGGAAAAAUGGCUGUAUAGUAUUCCUUCUUUUUUUUUCUUUUUUUCUUUGUAACGCAACGCGACGCUCCCGAUGCUCCCGCAAUGUUCCUCUGGACCCUUGUCAAAAGAAUUUACAACGAAUCUGUGUAAAUAACGAAAACUUAAUAAAUCUGAUAACCAUGUGA